GUGAACAGAGAGAGUUUUCAACAGAAAACCUCAAACCAUUAACAGACACUGAACAGGAGGUGAAUAAAGUUUCCAGUAUGCUUCGCUGCAGAGUCCCAAAGCCGGCGAUAUUGAGCCUUAUCCUGAUUCAGGCUGUCACAGUGGUGCUUCUGUUCAGCUGGUACAGCCGCCCAGCCUCUCAAAACACAUCUUCAUCUGAGGGUAAAGUUCACGUGCUGCUUCUCUCAUCCUGGAGGUCUGGGUCCUCCUUCCUGGGUCAGGUGUUUAAUCAACAUCCGGAUGUGUUUUAUUUAAUGGAGCCAGGCUGGCAUGUGUGGACCUCCAUAAAACAAGCCGGUGCACGCAGCUUACGAAUGGCAGUGCGCGAUACGAUACGCAGCGUCUUCCAGUGCGACUUGUCUGUGAUGGAUUCGUACAUCCCCCAACAACGAAACGUCUCCCAUCUCUUCAUGUGGAGCCACAGUCGUGCGCUCUGCUCUCCACCCGCGUGUAUGCUAACGCCCCAUGGCGAGAUUAGCAAAGAACCAGAGUGCAAGUUGUACUGUGACACGCGUGGUUUGAAGCUCGCAGAAGCAGCUUGUCAGACUCACAGCCACGUGGUGUUGAAAGAGGUGCGAUUCUUUGAGUUGGACUCUUUGUACCCGCUGCUGAGAGACCCGAGUCUGGAUCUGCGCAUUAUUCAUCUAGUUCGCGACCCGCGAGCGGUGUUUCGUUCCCGCGAGCAGUCGGCCAAAGCCCUGGCCAGAGAUGCGGCGAUAGUUCUGGAACAAGCUGACAUCCCGGAGAAAGACAGGCAGUACAACAUCUUGCAAGAGGUUUGCCGCAGUCAUGUACGUAUUUAUGAGACCGCCAUACUUAAGCCGCCGGAUUUCUUGCGUGGUCGCUACAAAAUGGUCCGUUAUGAGGAUCUAGUGCGCAAUGCGUUGACUGAGAUCGAAUCUAUGUACCAGUUUGUGGGUCUCGAUAUUACUGAAAACUUGCAGGAAUGGAUCUAUCGGAUCACCCAUGGUAAGGGCAAGGGUACGAAGAACGACGCCUUCAAAAUCACAUCGCGAAAUGCAGAGGAUGUCUCCUUAGCUUGGCGAACCACCUUACCAUAUGAGAAAGUCCAGCGCAUUCAAGAUGUGUGCAAAGGAGCCAUGUCUCUGCUCGGCUAUAAGACUGUGGAUAGUGAGAGAGAGCAGAAACUGUUGGAUUUGCAACUGUUGACUCCACGGGAACGCUACCAAUUCAGUUGGCUACCGCAGAAAAGCACUUCUGCUAAACUAUAGAGUCGCCUAAGUGAUCAAAAACUGAGACCACCCAAAGAGUGGAGGUGCGGUGGCGUCCAUCAGUUUUGUUCCCCUUCAGCUUAAGCUAGUGUAAAAACGAAAUGAGGAACGAUCAAAUAUUUAUGGACAAUCCAACAUUUAUAGUGCACAGGAAACAGCUGUUGUUGUGUUCAAUGGGAUGCCAGAGGAAUGAGGAGUUAAGAGAUGUUUCUCUCACAAGGAGAACUUUAACUACUGGAUGCUGUUUUUGAAGAAAUGAUGGUCCAAUAAUCAACUUCAACGUGUAUUUAUAGACAAUUAAACUAUUAUGGUGUUUUAGUUUUUUAUUGUUUACAACAAGGAAAAAUGCAUUUCAAAAGUGACGUGUUGGUAAAGGGAGCUAUGGGACUGCUUGUUUCUCUCUUUUGUUUCACGAUAGACAUGUUUGAAUUGCAUUUACCACUGCAGGACAUACAUGCAACUCAACAACUUGUGACCGCAUAAUGAUAAAUGUCGCUAUCCUUACAUAUAAAGCAGUUUAUUUGAAAGUAUGUUGAAAUUGUUAAGUGUUAUUUUUUUUGAAGGAUAUUUUCUUUUUAAAUAGGUGCUGAGAUUUGUCACUGGACACUAAUGAGAUGAGGCAAACCCGUGAGCUAGGGUUGACAUAUUGAUUAGGAAUAUUCCGGGUUCAAUACAAGUUUAGCUCAAUCGACAGCAUGUGUGGCCUAAUGUUGAUUAUCAUGACUCAUCCAUCCUUUUAUUUUUUAAAAAGAAGCAAAAAUCAAGAUUACAGUCUGGCGCUUUAAAAUGGAAGUGUGAAUUUGGAAUUGUUUUUUGGAGGGUUUCUGGAAAUCGGAGAUCUCACAUGCCCAUGCGUUUAAAAACACUUCCUGCUUCAGCCACUGGGGGAAGUCCUUAGAAUAUCUGUAAGCACUAAGUUUAGCUCUAGAAAGGUCAACCUACUAUACAACUUAUUGAAAAAUGUGAAGCUUAUAAUUUUAUAAAAGCGCUUAUAUUAAUUCUUCUGUUAAAACUUGUGUAUUAUUUGAGAGGUAAAGUUGUUUUGGGGAUUACAGUAUUGCAUCCUCCAUAAUGUUUUCAACAUAAUUUUGCAAAAUUGGAUAUAACUUUGCACAGAUAAGGUUAGUUAAAAUGCAGGGGCAAGUGAAAGUAGAAUUUUGUGGUGAUCAACAUUAUGCCACAAAUGCUGUUGAUUGAGCUUAACUUGAAUAGAAACCCAGACUAGUCCUUUAACCCUAACCAUAAACCGUAGCUUCUGAUUUGUCAGUCUCACUGAAGACAACAGAGAUUAGUCAAACAAGGGAGCGCCUUGUUAUUAAAACCAAUGAAGGAAACACAAAAUGACAAACAGCAGAUUUAAUUUGCCAUAAACAGCUUUAUUGUGAUUGUAGCAUAUUUUAUCACUGCAUUAUUUCACCUUUAUAUGUUCUUGCUAAAUGUUUAAGAACAAAGAAAGUGCUCCAGGUAAUAAUUGCAUAAUAAAGUCAAACAGAAAAAAUAUAUUUAACUAGCUUUAAGGAGAUGUGAAUGCUUUUUACAAGUCAGAAUCUUGUAAUUACAGUAAUUCUGACAUGACCUGAACACCCCCAAAUAUUUGAUUGGAAAAGCCACAUUCAAAGCCAUAGAAUAGCCGAUAAAUACACCAUUAUAUUAAUGUGCCAAGUUGUAACAAAGCAUUAUAUUUGGCAACUGUUAACAAAACAUCGAGACUAGUGAACUAUAUUUUUUAUUGCAGAUUUUUUUUAUUGUUUUACAUUUAUGUAUUUUGCAGACGCUUUUAUGCAAAGCGAUUUACAGAGCCCUAAUUACAGGGACAAUCCCCCUGGAGCAACCUGGAGUUAAGUGCCUUGCUCAAGGACACAAUGGUGUUGGCUGUGGGGCUCGAACCAGCAUCCUUCUGAUUACCAGAUUACCAGUCAUGUGCUUUAGACCACUACACCACCAAUUGUUGGUUCUGUUUUAGAACAUGCAGUGUGAGGCAUUGCGUUACAGCCCUUUUGCAACAGUUAAAUUGCUUGGUGUUUUGCCUACCUAACCCUUUUUUUUUUUUUUUUGGAUGACAGAUACAUUUAUGAGAUGAAAAAACAUGUUUAUUGAGACUUUUUCCAAUAGGGUUGUACAGUGCAAAAUAUAAAUUUACACUCGGUCCCAAACUGCAUGAACAAGAGUGUCCUCUAGUCAGUGAUAUGUUAACUUUUAGUUACAUAGAAAAGUUCUAAUGGUUUAGUCUUCUCAUUAUAUAUCUAUAAAUACAAAAAUAUAUCAUAAGAGGAAAUAUAAGGCAUAAGGUUUUCUUUCUGGCUGUAAUAUUCCAUUAUUGAAUAGAUAGAUGAGAACUUGAAUUCAGAGUGUAAGAUUCUUUCACUGUAGAUUUGUUUUGUUUGUUUUUUUUUUUUUCCUUUCAGCCAAUCAAUAUUUUCACAAAAAUGUGCAAAUGCCACAUUUUCUUUAUCCAUAAUUUAAUUAAACUAACCGAAAGUCGACUUCAACAGGAAUGCCCUAAAGUGUUAGAGAAAAUACAGUAACAAUGUAUGAUUGUGAUGGCUAACAGGGGCAUAAUUGAUCAUUUAGCCACUGACUUCAUGAGACACAUUGUAAUAUGAUAAAAUCAAAUGUAGUUUAGGUUUAUGUAAUGUGUGCGGGGAUGGGGGUAUGCAGAAGCCGGUUUUGUAUGUAUGUUUUGUGUUUAUUUUUUAGGAUUGCUGAGGUAUUUCUAUUUUAUGAGGUUAUGUUUUAUUUGAAUCUUGAAUGGUAGCAGGUAUUGAAUUUCAUUACAUUUUGAAUCACAUUGAUUUUAUUUUAUUUAAAACACUACACAGUGUCAUAGAUGAGUUCAAGUGUGCAUUAAAACACUCAAUGCAUGUUAGGAAUACACUCACCUAAAGGAUUAUUAGGAACACCAUACUAAUACUGUGUUUGACCCCCUUUCGCCUUCAGAACUGCCUUUAUUCUACGUGGCAUUGAUUCAACAAGGUGCUGAAAGCAUUCUUUAGAAAUGUUGGCCCAUAUUGAUAGGAUAGCAUCUUGCAGUUGAUGGAGAUUUGUGGGAUGCACAUCCAGGGCACGAAGCUCCCGUUCCACCACAUCCCAAUGAUGCUCUAUUGGGUUGAGAUCUGGUGGCUGUGGGGGCCAUUUUAGUACAGUGAACUCAUUGUCAUGUUCAAGAAACCAAUUUGAAAUGAUUCAAGCUUUGUGACAUGGUGCAUUAUCCUGCUGGAAGUAGCCAUCAGAGGAUGGGUACAUGGUGGCCAUAAAGGGAUGGACAUGGUCAAAAACAAUGCUCAGGUAGGCCGUGGCAUUUUAACGAUGCCCAAUUGGCACUAAGGGGCCUAAAGUGUGCCAAGAAAACAUCCCCCACACCAUUACACCACCACCACCAGCCUGCACAGUGGUAACAAGGCAUGAUGGAUCCAUGUUCUCAUUCUGUUUACGCCAAAUUCUGACUCUACCAUCUGAAUGUCUCAACAGAAAUUGAGACUCAUCAGACCAGGCAACAUUUUUCCAGUCUUCAACUGUCCAAUUUUGGUGAGCUCUUGCAAAUUGUAGCCUCUUUUUCCUAUUUGUAGUGGAGAUGAGUGGUACCCGGUGGGGUCUUCUGCUGUUGUAGCCCAUCUGCCUCAAGGUUGUGCGUGUUGUGGCUUCACAAAUGCUUUGCUUUAUACCUCGGUUGUAACGAGUGGUUAUUUCAGGUAAAGUUGCUCUUCUAUCAGCUUGAAUCAGUCGGCCCAUUCUCCUCUGACCUCUAGCAUCAACAAGGCAUUUUCGCCCACAGGACUGCUGCAUACUGGAUGUUUUUCCCUUUUCACACCAUUCUUUGUAAACCCUAGAAAUGGUUGUGCGUGAAAAUCCCAGUAACUGAGCAGAUUGUGAAAUACUCAGACCGGCCCGUCUGGCACCAACAACCAUGCCACGCUCAAAAUUGCUUAAAUCACCUUUCUUUCCCAUUCUGACAUUCAGUUUGGAGUUCAGGAGAUUGUCUUGACCAGGACCACACCCCUAAAUGCAUUGAAGCAACUGCCAUGUGAUUGGUUGAUUAGAUAAUUGCAUUAAUGAGAAAUUGAACAGGUGUUCCUAAUAAUCCUUUAGGUGAGUGUAUGUAGACGUGUUUAACUCAUGAAAACAUAUGGGUAAUGUGUGUUCAGAACAGACAAUUCAUUCUGUUAUGAAAUGUUAGAUAGAGAUAUAUAUAUAUAGAUAUAUAUAAUAUAAAAUGUAAGAAUGUAAAUGAAUGUUAAAUGUAUAUGAAGGGCAGAAUGGACUGCGAUAUGAUUUUGAGUAGUGUCUGAACCCAUAGAAAAUCGUAUCCACGGUACACAUUUAGAGUGUCAGUAUUUAUGCUCUGAUGCAGUGUGUUGUCUCUUUAUAUUUUAUGAUGGUGAUUCUAAUUACACAUUCUUUUGGUUGUUUGCACAUAUUCAGGAUAAAAUAUGACUUAUUAGGAAUUAAUAUGCCAGAAUCUGCUUCUUUGAUCAAUGUAGAGUUUAAAUUAAAUACGAUCUUGAAUGUAUCUUCCCACUUUAAGUGCCCUAGUCUUUAAAUAUUGAUCAUUAAAACUAUUUCUGCUGUAAUAGGUACAUACACACAAAAAAGCUGUGAUGUUUAUGGUGUCCUUAUUAUUGUUGGAUCAUGUAGUUGACCACAGAAACUACAUAUCCAAAUGGAAUAUGAAUCAAUAUAAUUCACGUUUGAGGUUCAAUGACAUUUUGAAUUGGCCGAGAGCAUUUUGUUUGUUCAACAAUAAAUUAA